UUCGCAGUUAGUGAGUGAUUUUUGUGCUAAUCGGUCGUGUUUUCGAUUCGCAGCUGCCGUACGGUUCGCGUUUUCCAGAUCCCCCCCCGUUAUGGUGUUGUCCCUCUUUGUUACACAGGCGAUAGUGCGAAAAACCAUGGGUUUCUAGAAAAGGGUGGUGGUGGAGAGUGCUAGUAGUAUAUUCGAUACUUUGAAGUGUGGUUUUAGUGCAUACGAAAAAGGGAAGGGUGAGGUGGAAAUUAUUUUUUCAAGUCAGUGACUUGGUAGGAAAAAAAGGAAUAUCUUGCAUAAGUCUUCUUCGUCCUCGAAUCACCCGUAUCUACGGGAACGUUCCGGAUCGAUUGGCCGCAGAAGGAAUCGACGUGUCCGGAUUGCGUAAAAACUCAUGGUGCAAAUAACGACAGAUCAAAUCUUCAAUAAAACGGAAACGGCUUUCUGGCUAUUGGAUAAUUGAUCAUCUGUGUGUUUGCAAACCGCGUUAGAAAUCUCUAUCCAAAAUUUAAAGAGAUUGUGAUAAGCGGUUGAUUGAAGAAUAAAAAAGUGUGAAUCAUAAAAUUCGUCAACAUACAGAUGUAGUAAAUUAAAAUUGCUUAAGAGCUUAAGUGACAGAAGAUUUCGAAAAAGUUGUUGGGAAUUUCAUUGAGAAGAAAAACUUCGUGUGGUGGAAAUUUUCUAGUGAAUAUAAAAGGUGGAAAAUUAAGCAGCUUACUCACCCACGCGGUUUCACCCGGAUUGGCCUUAUUUCUUAAAUCAAAGUUACUCCAACCGAGAUCAUUGGCGCUGGCAGUAAUCAAAGAAGCAGACAGCUGGAAGAAGUGAAAUCCAUCGUGAUUAGAUUUGUCAGUGGAAAGUAAACUCCCACAACAGCAGCGACAACGGCAAAGCAAAGCAGAAGUAGGGCAUCCGGCACCCAGCUUUUCCCAAGAUGGGUGACGUCGAUCCGGAAACGCUUCUAGAAUGGCUCUCGAUGGGACAAGGCGACGAGCGGGACAUGCAGUUGAUUGCUCUCGAGCAGCUCUGCAUGUUGCUGCUGAUGUCCGACAACGUCGAUCGAUGCUUCGAGAGCUGUCCUCCGCGAACGUUCCUACCCGCUUUAUGUAAAAUCUUUCUGGACGAGCUAGCACCAGAGAAUGUGCUUGAAGUUACGGCACGUGCCAUCACAUACUACCUGGAUGUUUCAUCCGAGUGUACAAGACGUAUUGUGGCCAUCGAGGGUGCCAUCAAAGCGAUCUGCAACCGAUUGGUGGUAGCAGAUUUGGACAGCCGUACCAGCCGUGAUCUGGCCGAGCAGUGCAUUAAAGUUCUAGAAUUGAUAUGCACCCGUGAAGCCGGGGCAGUGUUUGAGGGAGGUGGGCUGAACUGCGUUCUCUCGUUCAUACGAGACAAUGGAUCGCAAAUUCACAAGGACACCUUACACUCGGCUAUGGCUGUAGUCUCGAGACUUUGCACCAAGGUUGAGCCGCAAGGAGCCAAUGUACAGACGUGUGUGGAAAGUCUUAGUACGCUUCUUCAACACGAAGACUCGAUGGUGGCUGAUGGAGCAUUGAAGUGUUUUGCCUCGGUAGCUGAUCGUUUCACACGCAAAGGAGUUGAUCCAGCACCUCUGGCUGAAUAUGGACUUGUUACAGAGUUAUUGAAUAGGUUAAGUAAUGCUGCCGGCCCAUUAACAGCAAAUGCUAGUACGGGAGCCACAAGUUCGGCGGCAGGUGCGCAAUCCAAUAGUCAAGAGGCUGCAUCUACAGCACAGUUAUCGUCGUCAGCGCCAAAAUCACAGGGAGCAGCGGAAGCUGGUCGAUCCAGUCAAUCCAUUGCCACCACAAUAUCUCUACUGUCCACUCUAUGUAGAGGCUCUCCUUCAAUUACCCACGAUCUGUUGCGGUCUAAUCUACCAGAAGCGAUGGAAAGGGCUUUUAAAGGAGACGAAAGAUGUGUGUUGGACUGUAUGAGGCUUGCCGAUUUGAUUCUCCUGUUACUGUUCGAGGGUCGGCAAGCCCUUGGUCGAGUCGGGGGAUCAAGUGGUCAAUUGGCGCCCAGAGUGCGAAGGACUGAUUCCAGUACUGAGCGUACACAUCGACAGCUGAUCGACUGCAUCCGAAGUAAAGAUACCGAAGCUCUGAUCGAAGCUAUAGAAUCAGGUGGAAUCGACGUUAAUUGUAUGGACGAUGUUGGUCAAACGCUGCUUAAUUGGGCGUCAGCCUUCGGGACGCUCGAAAUGGUUGAAUUCUUAUGUGAUAAAGGUGCUGACGUCAAUAAAGGCCAGCGAAGUUCCUCUCUACAUUACGCGGCUUGUUUCGGUCGGCCAGGAAUCGCAAAAGUACUGCUCAAACACGGUGCUAAUCCGGAUCUAAGGGAUGAGGAUGGCAAAACACCACUAGAUAAGGCUCGUGAACGACCGGAUGAAGGCCACCGGGAAGUAGCUUCGAUUUUACAAUCCCCAGGUGAGUGGAUGACGGCUGCCACGCGAUCAGACCUCAAAAGUGAUGGCCUGGAAGAAGGUGACAGUGAACCACGUGGGGAUCCAGAGAUGGCUCCAGUGUAUCUGAAAUUCUUUCUACCGAUUUUCUGCAAAACCUUUCAAAGCACAAUGCUAGCCAGCGUCCGAAGGUCUAGCUUAGGUCUGAUUAAAAAGAUGGUCCAGUACGUCCAACCGGAUAUGCUCUCCCGAUUGUGCUCUUCAGAAGGAUUACAAUGUCAUGAGCAGAGUCUCGGAACUCUUCUAGUCGAGGUCGUUGCGAGUGUGCUGGAUAAUGAGAUAAGCUACAGCUGGCCAUCCCAGCCAACACUGCCGUCCACCAUACUGCCUUUAACUGUUUCCCCCUCUUCCACUACUAGUACUAGCUAUAUUAGUAGUAAUAGUAUUCUAGCUAAGCACAGCUGCCCGGGUCGUGUAAGCAAAUAUGUCCAGAACCUUCGACUUCAGCAGCAACAGCGUCGUCAAAACAAUCCCAGUAGUGUUGUGUCUUACAUAGUGCCCCCACCGCCUCCGAUGCUACCGUUAAGUCCGCCGCCAAUGCAGCAGCAGGACGAUGAAGAUGGUCAUCUGGUAGUUCUUACCAUCAUAGAGGAGCUUAUGUCUAAGACGCAAAACGACUUUUUGGAUCAUUUCGCUCGGCUCGGUGUUUUCUCCAAAGUACAGGCACUCAUGGGUGACCAAAAUAGUCCAGUAGAUGGUGACAGUACCGAUGUAAUAAAAUCGGAAGAUUCCAAACCGUCCGUUGCAGUCGUUACCACACCGAUAGUAAGUGAACCACAACAACAACAACCAACCUCGCCAUCGGGCAUUGGAAGCCCAACUGGAAUAGGGUCAGUGGCAAGCGUAGCAUCCGCUGCUGUUUCAAUUCCUCCGGGUGGCCCUACCACAGUAAGUGUGAUGGAAGAUGCCAAAGAAAUCCUUCCAGGAAAAGCGUACCACUGGCGCGAUUGGAGCAUAUGUCGUGGUCGUGACUGUCUUUACGUGUGGUCUGAUUCGGCAGCACUUGAAUUGUCUAACGGCUCUAACGGCUGGUUCCGGUUCAUUCUCGAUGGUAAACUGGCCACUAUGUACUCCAGCGGCAGUCCCGAAAACGGGAGCGAUAGUUCAGGCAAGGGACGAAGUGCAGAGUAUUUAGCAGGCGAAGAAAAUCGUGGGGAGUUCCUGGAAAAGCUGCAGAGAGCCCGAGGAGCGGUGAGACUUGGCACGCCCUCUCAACCGAUCCUUUCCGCACCCAGCCUGGCCCGGAUAGUGGUCGGCAAUUGGGUGCUGCAAAGCCAAAAAGAGCACCAGCUACAUAUCAACAAUUCCGAGGGCCACCAAGUGACGAUAUUGCAGGAUGAGCUACCUGGUUUCAUAUUCGAGAGCAACCGUGGCACCAAGCACACGUUCACCGCUGAAACCACCCUGGGUCCAGACUUUGCCGCUGGUUGGAUCAAUACCAAGAAAAAGAAAAUACGCUCGAAGGCGGAGGCUCAAAAGUGUCAGGUGAAAAACAUUGCACGAGAUUUGUACAAUCGUUACUUUAAGGCAGCUCAAGCGGUGCCUCGUGGAGCGGUUGCCAAGCUUUGCACCAUCGUUCGGCAAAUCGAGUGCGCCCUCGAGGAACAAUGUGCCCCGCGGACUCGAAACCAAGACAUCCAGCUGAUCACAAGCGGUGGCACAACAUGGCAGGAGAAACUUUACGGGGCCCUUAACGAGCUGGUUCAGCUGCUAAAUGAUGACGGCGUGAUUAGUGCGUAUGAGAUGCAUAGCUCCGGUUUAGUGCAAUCGCUGGUCGCUAUCUUAUCGCGGAACUACUGGGAGCUAGGAAUGAAUCGAAGCAAGGCUAACAAGUACCAAAAGCAACGGGUUUCGAUUUUCAAAAAGUGUAUGUACGGUGAUUCGAAAAAUGGGAAAAAUACAGCAAGCAUUCUGGUUCAUAAACUGAUAUCCGUUCUGGAAAGCAUCGAAAAGUUACCGGUUUUCAUGUAUGAUUCUCCGGGUGGAAGUUAUGGAUUACAGAUUUUGACAAAGAGACUGAGCUUCCGACUGGAACGGGCAGCCUGCGAGCAAACACUUUUUGAUCGAACUGGGCGGAAUCUCAAAAUGGAACCACUGGCUACAGUUGGCCAACUUAACAAAUAUCUACUUAAGAUGGUUGCCAAGCAAUGGUACGAUAUGGAAAGAUCAUCGUUCCUGUUUUUGAGAAAAUUGAAAACAAGCGUAAUACAGUUCAAACAUCAGCAUGAUUUUGACGAAAAUGGUAUAAUUUAUUUUAUCGGAACAAACGGCAAAUCUACGGAAUGGGUUAAUCCAGCUCAAUACGGUCUAGUCACUGUCACCAGUAGCGAGGGAAAGCAGCUGCCCUAUGGAAAGUUGGAAGAUAUUUUAUCGCGAGAUAGUGUAAGUGUCAACUGUCACACCAAGGAUAACAAAAAGUCAUGGUUUGCCAUUGAUUUGGGAAUGUAUGUAAUUCCUACGGCCUAUACCCUUCGUCACGCUCGUGGUUACGGGAGAUCAGCGUUGAGAAAUUGGAUGUUCCAAAUGUCCAAGGAUGGAACCAAUUGGACAACAAUGUUGAUACACACAGAUGAUAAAAGUCUUGCGGAACCUGGUAGUACAUGUACCUGGCCAAUUGAAUGCCCAGCAGAAGAACAGCAAGGCUAUCGUCAUGUUCGUAUACACCAGAACGGAAGGAAUGCAUCCGGACAAACGCAUUAUUUGAGUUUAAGUGGAUUUGAAAUUUAUGGUCGCGUAGUUUCGGUUUGUGAAGAUAUGGGAAAAGCAGCGGCCAAAGAAAACGAAGCGAAACUUCGAAAAGAACGACGUCAAAUCAGAGCUCAACUGAAAUACAUAACACAAGGUGCUCGUGUUGUACGUGGAGUCGAUUGGCAUUGGGAUGAUCAAGAUGGGAAUCCACCCGGAGAAGGAACAGUUACCGGAGAGAUUCACAAUGGUUGGAUCGAUGUCAAAUGGGACCACGGCUUGCGAAAUUCCUAUCGUAUGGGUGCCGAAAACAAGUACGAUUUGAAAUUGUCCAACAGCGAAAAUCUUAACACUGCACCUUACGAUAUUAAUUCAGCCGGCCAAGGAUUAGUUCCUAUGGCUAGCACUGCAAACUCUUCGACCAAGAAAGUGUAUGACAAGUCGCUUAAUGUGCUGACUAGUCGUAAAUCUAGCUCGACACCUAGUCUACCGGAAGCAACUGAGAACAAGUCAUCUGUGGCUUCUACUGAACAAGCUACUUCAGUAGACAACCUUUCAUGGAAGCAAGCAGUUGACGUAAUUGCCGAAAAUGUGCUUUCCGGUGUUAGAUCUGAUCUUUCAAAUAACAGUGCUACGUCCAGCAGCAAUGACUUGUCAACUCCAAGUGGAACAAACAACAAAAAUCAAAACAAUCAAGAAGUUUCUGUGAUUGUACACUCGCUAAGUGAACGUGGCAACAUCCCAGAUUUGUCCCAGAUUAAUACCAGCACUUCAACCCUAGUAUCAGAUUUGGCAACCAUCACCGAAAACUUGACUCUAGCUGAUAACAUCAAAAACAACAUCAGUAGUGCUAGUGGAGGACCUCCACAAUUUGUCAGCAACUUUGGGGUAACACAAGCGGCUUGUUCAUCUUCAUCUACUUCGGACGAGAACAACAAAACCAAUAAUAUCAAUGAGACUAACAACAAAAAUAAUCUCAACAGUAGCUGCACUGGCAGUUCUGGUAAAACAGCUGCUUAUCUCCCUACCAAACUGGACGUUCUGGAUAAAAUGCGGGACGGAGUUGAUAUGCUGCGAAAUAACACUCACAACUUGCUCUCAUCUGAGUUGCUUACUCAAUCGAACUUGCUGUCUUCUGUAAAGAUAGCUUUGCCAACGCCUCAACAACAGCAACAGCCACAGUCGAUGCAGCAAACUUCAGGAGGUACUAUUUAUGUAGCCAGCACCAGCACCAGCUCCAUCAGUCAUCUACCAACUGGUGUCGAUAAGUCUGUUGGAGAUAUCAAAUACAACAACACGAUCAACAACAACGCUUCAUCUGGAGGAGUGACGAGAAAAGUGCUUAAUGAAGUUAAACAACAGGAAUCGGACGAACGCGAUGUGGCCAAUAACCUCAAAAAUAAUAUUGCUGUGGUUGAUUCUGAUCCUGCUGCCGCUGGAACUAGUUCUAAAGAACCCGUUAAUCCUGAGUCGCCAUCGAGUGUUGUACCGGCUUCUAAUCCAAUGAGUGUAAGCGUACCGAAUUUAACUAGCAAUGAGAACAACGUUCCUCCUGAAGUUCAAACACCGCCAGGAUUGUUGGAAACUUUUGCUGCUAUCGCUCGUCGACGAACAUCAGGAAGCUCCGGUUCACAGCAAACAAACGCCUCAGUCGGUAUUCCUGGUGCUGGUGGAAGCACAAACAGCUGUGGAAUCUCUAACAACGUUCUACCGAAUAACCAGCUAAGCAACGUAACUUCGAAUAUUCAAUCAAGCACAGGAUUUUUUCCUCGAGGUCCCAAUUCAGUUACGAGCUUGGUAAAGUUGGCUCUCUCGAGUAACUUUCAUAGUGGUCUUCUAAGUACCGCACAGAGCUAUCCAAGCCUUUCGAGCUCGUCAAAUAACGCGGUAGCUAAUAAUGGAUCUAAUGCAUCGGGAGGUGUUACAAAUACCGGGGUAUCUUCUGCUAUUGGACAAGUAGGUCUAAAUCCGGCUCUGACCAUGAGUUUGACCUCUACGAGCAGCGAUAGUGAACAAGUUUCUUUGGAAGAUUUUCUGGAACAAUGCCGGGCACCUACACUGCUUGGUGAUUUGGAAGACGACGAGGACAUGGAAGACGAAAACGAUGAUGAUGAGAACGAAGACGAAUACGAAGAAGUAGGUAAUACAUUGCUGCAGGUAAUGGUGUCUCGAAAUCUACUAUCGUUUAUGGAUGAAGAAACAUUGGAGAAUCGUUUGGCUGCUGCCGGCAAGCGCAAGUCUUGGGAUGACGAAUUUGUGUUGAAACGCCAGUUCUCUGCCUUGAUUCCGGCAUUUGACCCUCGUCCCGGACGUACAAAUGUCAAUCAGACAAGUGAUCUCGAUAUACCUGCACCCGGGUCGUCAUCCGGUAAUGCUCUUCAACCCGGACAAUCUGAUCACGUUCCGCUCCCUCAACCAUCGCUUGCUUUGGUCCUUCGAGGACCUAAUAUAAACGGUGUCAAUGAUAUCGAAAUUCCACUGUCUAAUCCCGACUGGACUAUAUUCCGAGCAGUUCAAGAGCUCAUUCUUCAAACUAACCUUUCAAAGCAGGAUAAAUUCAGAAAGAUUUGGCAACCAACUUAUACUAUCGUCUACCGUGAAGCAACUGGAGGGGCACAAUUCUGUCGCAAUGAGAAUGAUUUCAGCAGCGGUGAAGAAGGUCGAACAACACCUGUAGUUUCAAUGUUCUCACAACGUAGUGGUGGCUCAACGUUAUCUCCCAGUUCUCCAAUUCCAGGAACACCUUCGAACAAUGCUACCAAUCAUUGUUCUGUGGAAGAUGUCCUCCAACUUCUAGGACAAUUGAAUUCUAUCAAUCAAACCCUAGCCUCCUCGCCAUCCAACAACGAUAAAAAUUUGAUCCCAGACGUAGCCAGUAAUUAUCUCAAUCCGGACAUUUUCAUGAGCAAGAAAAUCACCAACAAGCUGCAGCAACAAAUCCAAGACCCACUUGUUCUAGCCAGCGGAAGUCUGCCCAAGUGGUGUGAAGAUUUCAACCAAAGCUGUCCUUUCCUUUUCCCCUUCGAAACGCGACAGUUGUAUUUUAGCUGCACGGCCUUCGGAGCGUCACGAAGCAUCGUGUGGCUGCAGUCGCAGCGGGAUGUGAAUAUCGAACGACAACGGGCUCCGGGUCUAAGUCCAAGGCACGCAGAUCAGCACGAAUUUCGCGUUGGUCGAUUGAAGCAUGAACGAGUGAAGGUACCCCGAGGCGAAAAUCUUCUGGAAUGGGCGCAGCAGGUUUUAAAAGUGCACUGUAACCGUAAAUCGGUGCUAGAAGUCGAGUUUGUUGGUGAAGAGGGAACAGGCCUUGGACCAACACUGGAAUUCUACGCCCUGGUAGCUGCUGAACUACAGAGAAGUGAUCUAGGAAUGUGGCUAUGUGACGAUGAACCGAAAUUGAUAGAGGAUGAAAUAGACUUAGGCGAGGGUAGCAAACCGAUCGGAUAUUACGUUCGAAGGUCGACAGGUUUAUUCCCAGCACCUUUACCGCAAGAAUCUGAAAUAUGUGAUUUUGUGUCCAAUUAUUUCUGGUUCUUGGGAGUUUUUCUGGCGAAGGUGUUGCAGGAUGGUAGACUGGUGGAUCUGCCGUUGUCUAACAGUUUCCUGCAGCUGUUGUGUCACAACAAAUCGAUUGCGAAGGACUCUAACGGAUUAUCAUCUAAAUCAGCUCUUAAUGAUGACAUCAUGAUUUCUUCACUCAUGUCAGAGGAAAGUGACCGUGAUUUAGUUGAUUCAUAUCAAUCAAAACUAGCCAACGACACCUGUUGGUUCGAUGGAAUCCUUUCGCAGGAAAAUCUUCAAGAGAUUGACCCCAUAAGAUACGAAUUUUUAAAAGAACUGCAAGAAUUAGUCCAGCAAAAGCAAAAUAUCGAGCAAAACGAUGAUCUCACGUCCGAAGAAAAGCUUCUUCAGAUCAGUGAACUUAAGCUGACUACUAAAACCGGCACCGUUGCCCUUGAGGAUCUAGCACUUACUUUCACGUACCUCCCAAGUUCAAAGAACUAUGGUUACCAAUCUGCUGAUUUGAUACCGAAUGGAGCAAACAUCGAUGUGACGAUUAAUAACGUCGAGGAGUAUUGCAAUCUCACUAUCAGCUUCUGCCUGCAGGAAGGAAUCGCGAAACAGCUAUCGGCAUUCCAUCGUGGUUUUUGCGAAGUAUUUCCUCUGAAUAAAUUAGCCGCAUUUACUCCGGAAGAAGCACGAAAAAUGCUCUGCGGCGAACAAAACCCUGAAUGGACCCGAGAGGACAUUAUGUCCUUUACCGAACCAAAGCUUGGCUAUACUAAAGAAAGUCCCGGUUUCCUUCGAUUUGUUAACGUACUCAUGGGCAUGAACGGUAGCGAACGGAAAGCCUUCCUGCAGUUUACGACAGGUUGUAGCAGCCUUCCACCUGGAGGGUUGGCUAAUCUACAUCCCCGGUUAACAGUAGUCAGGAAGGUAGAUGCUGGCGAAGGCUCAUACCCAUCCGUCAACACUUGCGUCCAUUAUCUUAAGUUGCCGGACUAUCCGAACGAAGAGAUUCUGCGCGAACGUCUGCUGACGGCGACAAAGGAAAAAGGUUUCCAUCUUAACUAAAAAGAAACCAAUCAUUUAACUAUUGCUGUGGAUAAUUAUAGAUUUUUGUAUUAUUAUUCUUAUUUGCGCACUGGUGAUGCUGCGACCGAAUCAAAAUUUGCGUACGCACAUAUUUCAAGUUUGAUGAUCAACAGUGAAUUUGUGUUGUUGAUACUUAUACAAAUAACUCUCACUCGCAAAAAAACAUUGUGUGGUUGAUAUUGGAAAUAUAAUUAGUUAUUUGGAAAUCUUAGGUAAUGAACGGACAAGUGUAGAACAAAUAUCAUCAUUUGAAAACAAAAUUUGAAAAAUAUAAAAGAUUAUCAUGUUUGACGAUUACUCAAAGUUAUCGAUUUGUUGUGGUUUUACGUUUUAAAAUAGUAUGAGAAAAAAUUCCAAUCCUUUUAAACAUGCUGUAAACCAAUAAAAACAUGAUAUAAAGUGUAACCGUAAACUCUUGGAUACCGAUUGAUGAAAUAAAUUUAAACCGGAAACGAGCUAGUUUAAGAAAAUAACACCUUCAGUUUUGCUGUGAGUAAAAGAUUAUACAAAACCCUAGUGCUAAUUUCGAAAGAGACACAAUUUUAAGUAGACCUAAUAACGAAAAUCGUUUAUUGUAAAUAACGAAUACUAAAUUCAGAAGCUUCAAUAAUGAACUACAAAAAAAAUCUUCAAACCGAUAGAACAAACUUGCACUGGCAGCUUUGAUUAAAGGAGCAAAUUAAAAACACACAUACUUCCUUACAGGUACCAAAACCUAUUUUUGGAAAAUCACACAAUUCAGCUUUAUUUGAAAACAGGCUAUAAAAAUCUAUUAAAUUCACUUGAAGUUUACACAUUGGUGAUGAAGAAAACCAAUUCCACAAAGGAAGCAAAAAGAUUUAGAAAAAAAUAUAAUAAAGAUGCUAAAAAGCAAAAUAAAUAAUAAUAUAUCCCCAUAAUAUAAUGAAGGCGGAGCUGCAUACACAAUAUAAAAAAGCUAUGUUACAGAACGAAACAAAAAUUACUGCUAACACAAAAAUUAUUCAAAAUACUGGAUUGAACCAAUAAACUUGAAUUUUGAAUUCA